AGGGGACAAGGAUGCUCCGGGGGUGGCUCUUUGCUUUCUUGCCUGCCCGGAGCUCGCAGGGGCUCGCCUGGAGGAUGUCUCACCCCUUAAGCACAGGUGUCAUCGCCGGGAGAAAACUCGUGCCGUUGCCCGCUGCGGUGAGCUCGGAGCAUGUUGCUAAGGGUCAGCCCCAGGCGAUUUCUGGAGCACCAUCUUCUCUUCGUGGAGAACGCAGAGCAGCAGCACCCGGCUCAGAAAUUGCUCCCGAAUCCAUUCAUGACUGAGGAACCCUCCGUCCCAGCCGAGCCAGACCUGCUGUCCUCCAACCUCACCAACGCGACGGACUGCGGCGAGGAGAUCUUGCUCUAUGGGGACACUGAGAAGAUCGUCAUCGGAGCUGUGCUCUCCAUCAUCAUCCUCAUGACCAUCGCCGGCAACGGGCUGGUCAUCAUCUCUGUGUGCAUCGUCAAGAAGCUCCGGCAGCCCUCCAACUACCUGGUGGUGUCCCUCGCAGCUGCCGAUCUGUCGGUGGCCUUCGCUGUCAUGCCCUUCGUGACCAUCACAGACCUGGUGGGGGGAGAGUGGCUCUUUGGGAAGGUUUUUUGCAACGUGUUUAUCGCCAUGGACGUUAUGUGUUGCACCGCCUCCAUCAUGACCUUGUGCAUCAUCAGCGUGGACAGGUAUCUGGGUAUCACUCGGCCGCUGACGUACCCCGUGAGACAAAAUGGGAAGCUGAUGGCCAAGAUGGUCUUCAUCGUUUGGCUCCUAUCUGCCUCCAUCACCCUUCCUCCUCUUUUUGGCUGGGCCAAGAAUGUCACCGUGGAAAGAGUCUGUCUCAUCAGCCAGGAUUUUGGGUACACCGUCUACUCCACGGGCGUUGCCUUCUACAUCCCCAUGGCGGUCAUGCUCGUCAUGUACAGCCGGAUCUACAAAGCCGCCAAGGUCAGCGCCGAGAAGCACCGCUUCAUGAACUUCCCCAAGCACUACGAAGAGGAGGGCGUCUACUGCCUGGAGACCUCCAGCCGGAGCCACCACAGCUCUAAGCGUACCAAAGCGGUGGAGGAAUGCGCCACGCUCUCCAAACUGCUCCGGCAAGACCGAAAAAACAUUUCCAUCUUCAAACGGGAGCAGAAAGCAGCCAGGACCCUCGGCAUUAUCGUGGGGGCGUUCACGUUUUGCUGGCUGCCGUUCUUCCUGAUGUCAACGGCUCGGCCUUUCAUCUGCGGCAUCCGCUGCAGCUGCAUGCCCCUGCGGCUGGAGAGGACUCUGCUCUGGCUGGGAUACACCAACUCCCUCAUCAACCCCUUGAUUUAUGCUUUCUUUAACCGAGACUUGAGGACUACUUUCUGGAACCUCCUGAGGUGCAGGUUCCUUGCUUCCCUUGCCUCUCGGGGCUGGCAGAAACCGUGCGUGCCGUUGUCUCCCCUGCCAGACACCACUGCUGAGAGUGACACCCCUUCCCUCAUCCCGGGAGGAGCUGCGGUUCUCCUUGCCUUGGGAACAAGUGGGCAACCCUUCCUUCUCACCAUGUCCCAGGUGGGAGCUGAAAAGCCGUGAGCAAGACCCGGGGGUCCAAGGUCUACCACUGACUGUGGGCAAGUCACACCACCUUUCUGUGCCUCAGUUUCCCCAUCUGUUAAAAAAAAAAAAAAAAAAAAAAAAGGAAAAGAAACCCUCCCAACCAAACAACCAAACCCUAAAAACUUGAUAAGACUGUGGCUCUCCACCUUCGAAAAGGGCUCUAAGGUCUGUGGAGGGCACACAAUAUACUAUGUAAAGAUGAUGUUGGCUGCGCUUCUCUAUCGAAUAUGACAGCAGCUAUAGGCUCCGUUGUAGAUCCAAGCACUCAUGCCAUCCCAGCUUAUACGAACUCUUUCCACUGAUGUAAUUGCAUUUUACACACUGAGCUCAUGUGUCCAGGUUUGCACGUCAGAGCAGUAAUACCAAUGACCCCGUUUCCCCUCACACUGUAGCACUGCAGCACUUGAGAGGCACACUUGCAGAACGAAACACAAAUGAACGUGAAGUUUCCUUUAUGGUUGGAUAGGGAAGUCCAACGGCCUCCUCAUCAGGGCAAUGACCAGUGAGCAAAGAUGGUUAUGUUUAUUGGGUUGUACUGUAAUUCAUUCUCAGACAACUGAUGUAUGUUCAUAAUUUGUGGCUAAUUGACUCCAUAAAAGCACGCUUUGGUUGACAACAGAAAAAAGUAUAUAAUUUCUCUGACAGCUUUACAGUGCUUCAGUAUGAUGUCCAGCAAGCUUGAAAAAAAUACACUAAACGAUGUAUCCUUUUUUUUU